AUGUCAUCUGAAGUAAAGUCGCCAAAGCCAACAUGGUCUGAGCGUAUGAAGGCAGCGAAACUCUCAGAACAACCUUCGGCUAACGGUCUCACGAAUCUCCUCUCGCUGUACCAUCGCUCCAAGGAAUCGACCGCAUGUCGUUCGUUAGAGCUUCCGCCUCUACCACCCCGCGCUAGUGGAUAUCCGACUGCAUGCUUAUCAAGAAACGAAGUGGAAGAGUUCCUUCCGCCGUUGUUGAAACGUGGUUGGAGGAUUGAGUUUGGGAAGCAGCAGGAGGGUAACGCAGACCCGGAAGACUGUGGAUGUAGUGCACCAGAGUCUAUGAAGAGCACGGGUGAUGCACCGCCUCCGCCAUACCUCGUGAAGCGAUUCCUCUUCCACGAUAAGCUGGCCAAGGCCAAAAUAUUCCUAGAAGACGUUAAAGUUAUCUCUAACAUUGGGGAGAAUCACCAUUUCGAUGACUACCUCGUGUUACCCUCGGAAGAUGGCUCGUCAAGCGAACUAACGCUAUAUGUCCAAACUCACAGCGGAAAGAAACCAGCACGUCCUUCGUCGAGCGAUAUCGAGUGGAUCGAAACGCCAGGGCUCACCAUUCGCGAUGUUCGAUAUGCUAUUCUCUUGGAACACCUGUAUAUCUCCCAUUUCUCCGACCCUUCUCAGCUUCCAGCUUUCGAAAACACCGCGGGCCUGAGUUCAGAAGUCAUUGAGAAGCUGUUAUAA